CUGUUCCGGCUCAGUUGCUAUGGAUCCGGCGACCGGCAAGAUCAUUGAUGGUGACGUCCAGGCUCACACUCAUCAAUGCAUUAAGAACUUGACGGCGGUGCUUGAGGCGGCUGGCACGAACAUUGACAACGUGGUCAAAGUCAACGUCUUUCUUAGCGACAUGAAAGACUUUGCAGCCAUGAACGAGAUCUAUGCUCAGUAUUGGGGCGAAACUAAGCCAUGCCGAACCUGCGUUGCGGCGAAGCAGUUGCCGUUGGGAACGGACGUCGAGAUCGAAUGCAUUGCUGUACUUCCGUGAGCCGCAUGUCCACCGCCUCUGGUGAAGGCACAAACAAUUGGCUGACACUUUUAUAGUGAUCACGCGUUGCAGAGCCGUUUAUAGUCAUGAUAGCAUUGUCCACCUCUCUAUACAGUACAAUUCGCAAACGGU